AUGCUAAACUCGACGAUAGCCUCUCCGGUUACUUACACCGACUACUUUAACGACAUCUCUCAAUAUAAUGUUCACCUCAACAUUUUUGAGAAGGCCUGGGCCGCCUGGUACGCGUACAUGCAGAACGAUGUACUCGCCACCGGCAUAAUGUCGUUUGUCCUCCAUGAAGCAGUGUACUUUGGCCGCGCCCUACCUUUUAUCCUAAUGGACAAGAUCCCCUAUUUCCAUCAAUACAAAAUUCAAGGUCAAAAAAUGCCUACCUUUGCCGAACAAUGGGCCUGCGCAAAACUCGUCCUUUUAUCCCACUUCACGGUCGAAUUACCUCAAAUCUGGCUCUUCCACCCCAUGGCUCAAUAUUUCGGUCUCUCCACAACGGUCCCAUUUCCCUCGUGGAUCACCAUGUCAUGGCAAAUCGCCUUGUUCUUCGUCCUUGAAGAUGCCUGGCAUUACUGGUUCCACCGCCUUCUGCAUCAACCGCGCCUGUACAAAUUGAUACACAAGCUGCACCAUCAGUACAGCGCACCUUUUGGUCUCGCUGCAGAAUACGCUUCUCCCCUCGAAACCAUGAUCCUCGCCUUCGGAAGUGUCGGAAUCCCCAUUACCUUUUGUGCAUUCACAAAGGAUCUGCAUAUUAUCACUAUGUAUAUCUGGAUCACCCUCCGCCUUUUCCAAGCCAUCGAUGCUCAUUCCGGAUAUGAAUUCCCCUGGAGUCUGCAUCAUUUCCUGCCCUUCUGGGCUGGUGCCGAUCACCACGAUGUGCACCAUGAGAAAUUCCUUGGAAAUUAUGCCAGCUCGUUCAGAUGGUGGGAUGCGAUGAUGGACACCGAAGCAGGAAGUGCGACAGAAAACAAAAAGAUCGCGGCCAAGAAGGCGCAAUAG